GAGACGGACCCGGGAUCUGUCCGAGCAGGAAGCUAGCAGGAUCCCGGUGGCCGCCGCCCGUCUCAGAGCUCGUCCACGUCGUCGUCCUUUUCGCUCAACUUCAUCACCUUUCACCCCGCCCUCCGCCGCUCCGGCCACAGGUAGCCUCGCUGCCGCGCACCUGCCCUCGCGUCCGCACGGGAGAUAGUGGACACUCCCUUCAAAAAUGGAGGAUGGAAAGCCCGUUUGGGCGCCACACCCUACAGAUGGAUUUCAAAUGGGCAAUAUUGUAGAUAUUGGCCCUGACAGCUUAACAAUCGAACCCUUGAACCAAAAAGGCAAGACAUUUUUGGCUCUCAUAAACCAAGUGUUCCCUGCAGAAGAAGACAGCAAAAAAGAUGUGGAAGAUAAUUGUUCACUAAUGUAUUUAAAUGAAGCCACUCUUCUUCAUAAUAUCAAAGUUCGGUACAGUAAAGACAGAAUUUAUACAUAUGUUGCCAACAUUCUGAUUGCAGUGAACCCGUACUUUGACAUACCUAAAAUAUAUUCUUCAGAAGCAAUAAAGUCAUAUCAAGGAAAAUCUCUUGGGACAAUGCCACCUCAUGUGUUUGCAAUUGCUGAUAAGGCUUUUCGAGACAUGAAGGUGCUCAAGAUGAGCCAGUCUAUCAUUGUAUCUGGAGAAUCAGGAGCUGGCAAAACAGAAAAUACAAAAUUUGUCCUAAGAUAUCUGACUGAAUCCUAUGGAACAGGCCAAGAUAUUGAUGAUAGAAUUGUUGAAGCUAACCCACUGUUAGAAGCUUUUGGAAAUGCAAAGACUGUUCGCAACAAUAAUAGCAGUAGAUUUGGAAAAUUUGUAGAAAUACAUUUCAAUGAAAAGAGUUCAGUUGUUGGAGGAUUUGUUUCACAUUAUCUUCUGGAGAAAUCUAGAAUCUGUGUUCAAGGCAAAGAAGAAAGGAAUUAUCAUAUCUUUUAUAGGUUGUGUGCUGGUGCUUCUGAAGAUAUUAGGGAAAAACUUCAUUUGAGCUCCCCAGAUAAUUUUCGGUAUUUAAAUCGAGGCUGCACUAGAUACUUUGCUAACAAAGAAACUGACAAACAGAUUUUACAGAACCGAAAAAGUCCCGAGUAUCUUAAGGCAGGUUCCUUGAAAGAUCCUCUGUUAGAUGACCAUGGAGAUUUUAUUAGAAUGUGCACAGCCAUGAAAAAGAUCGGUUUGGAUGAUGAAGAAAAGCUCGAUCUGUUCCGGGUAGUAGCUGGUGUUCUGCACCUUGGAAAUAUUGAUUUUGAGGAAGCCGGCAACACUUCAGGUGGUUGUAAUCUGAAGAAUAAAUCUACUCAGGCAUUGGAACAUUGUGCUGAAUUACUAGGUUUGGAUCAAGAUGAUCUUCGAGUAAGUUUGACUACAAGAGUCAUGCUAACAACAGCAGGGGGCACCAAAGGAACAGUUAUAAAGGUACCCUUGAAAGUGGAGCAAGCAAACAAUGCCCGUGAUGCCUUGGCAAAGACUGUCUAUAGCCACCUUUUUGAUCACGUGGUAAACAGAGUAAAUCAGUGCUUUCCUUUUGAAACGUCGUCUUAUUUUAUUGGAGUCCUAGAUAUUGCUGGUUUCGAGUACUUUGAACACAACAGUUUUGAACAAUUUUGCAUCAACUAUUGCAAUGAAAAACUUCAACAAUUUUUUAAUGAAAGGAUUCUGAAGGAGGAACAAGAACUCUAUCAAAAAGAAGGCUUAGGUGUUAAUGAAGUGCAUUAUGUGGAUAAUCAGGAUUGUAUAGAUUUAAUCGAAGCAAAAUUAGUGGGGAUAUUGGAUAUUUUAGAUGAAGAAAAUCGUCUUCCCCAGCCAAGUGAUCAACACUUUACAUCUGCAGUUCACCAGAAACACAAAGAACAUUUCCGACUCACUAUACCCAGAAAAUCUAAGUUGGCAGUUCAUAGGAACAUCAGAGAUGACGAAGGCUUCAUUAUCAGGCAUUUCGCAGGGGCAGUGUGCUAUGAAACAACCCAGUUUGUGGAAAAAAAUAAUGAUGCUUUACAUAUGUCUCUUGAAUCCUUAAUAUGUGAAUCCAGAGAUAAAUUUAUACGAGAACUAUUUGAAUCAUCCACAAACAACAACAAAGAUACUAAACAAAAAGCAGGAAAACUUAGUUUCAUCAGUGUGGGAAACAAGUUUAAGACACAAUUAAACCUGCUUCUGGAUAAACUUCGAAGUACUGGUGCCAGCUUUAUUCGUUGUAUCAAACCUAAUUUAAAGAUGACAAGCCACCACUUUGAAGGUGCCCAAAUUUUGUCUCAACUUCAAUGUUCAGGUAUGGUGUCUGUUUUGGACUUAAUGCAGGGUGGUUUCCCAUCACGAGCUUCCUUUCACGAACUCUACAACAUGUAUAAAAAGUAUAUGCCAGAUAAACUUGCAAGAUUAGACCCAAGACUGUUUUGUAAGGCUCUUUUUAAAGCUUUGGGCUUAAAUGAAAUUGACUACAAGUUUGGGUUAACAAAAGUAUUUUUUAGACCUGGCAAGUUUGCAGAAUUUGAUCAGAUUAUGAAGUCUGACCCUGAUCAUUUAGCAAAAUUGGUUAAAAGAGUCAAUCACUGGCUUAUCUGCAGUCGCUGGAAGAAAGUUCAGUGGUGCUCACUCUCAGUCAUCAAAUUGAAAAACAAAAUAAAAUAUCGAGCUGAAGCCUGCAUUAAAAUGCAAAAAACUGUUCGAAUGUGGCUUUGCAAAAGGAGACACAAACCUCGCAUUGAUGGCCUGGUUAAGGUGGGCACGCUGAAAAAACGACUUGGUAAAUUUAAUGAAGUAGUAAGUACACUGAAAGAUGGAAAACCAGAGGUCAAUAAACAGGUCAAGGACCUUGAAAUUUCUAUUGAUGCUUUAAUGGCCAAAAUUAAGUCCACUAUGAUGACGAGGGAACAAAUACAGAGAGAAUAUGACGCGCUAGUUAAAAGCUCGGAGGAACUUCUCAGUGCAUUGCAGAGAAAAAAACAGCAGGAAGAGGAAGCAGAAAGGCUGAGGCGUAUUCAAGAAGAAAUGGAAAAAGAAAGAAAAAGACGUGAAGAAGAUGAACAACGUCGAAGAAAGGAAGAGGAGGAAAGGCGGAUGAAACUUGAGAUGGAAGCAAAGAGAAAACAAGAAGAAGAAGAGAGGAAGAAAAGAGAAGAUGAUGAAAAACGUAUUCAGGCUGAAGUGGAGAAGCAGCUGGCCCGACAGCGGGAGGAGGAGUCCCAGCAGCAGGUGGUUCUGGAGCAGGAGCGCCGAGACCGGGAGCUGGCCCUGCGGAUAGCCCAGAGUGAAGCUGAGCUCAUCAGCGAAGAGGCCCAGGCUGACCUGUCGCUCCGGAGAGGUCCUGCUGUACAAGCCACCAAGGCAGCUGCUGGUACCAAGAAAUACGAUCUCAGUAAAUGGAAAUAUGCGGAACUACGUGAUACCAUCAAUACUUCUUGUGACAUUGAACUCCUGGCAGCUUGCAGAGAAGAAUUUCACAGGAGACUAAAAGUGUAUCAUGCAUGGAAAUCCAAGAAUAAGAAGAGAAAUACUGAAACAGAGCAACGUGCUCCGAAGUCUGUUACUGAUUAUGCUCAGCAGAACCCGGCGUCUCAGCGUCCUGCCAGGCAGCAGGAGAUCGAAAUGAACCGGCAGCAACGCUUCUUCCGUAUUCCAUUCAUCCGCCCUGCCGACCAGUACAAAAACCCGCAGAACAAGAAGAAAGGCUGGUGGUACGCCCAUUUCGACGGACCGUGGAUUGCCCGGCAAAUGGAACUCCAUCCUGACAAGCCACCCAUCCUUCUUGUGGCUGGUAAGGACGACAUGGAGAUGUGUGAGCUGAAUCUGGAAGAGACAGGCCUGACUCGAAAGCGUGGUGCUGAGAUUUUGCCAAGACAGUUCGAAGAGAUUUGGGAACGCUGUGGAGGCAUCCAGUACCUCCAGAAAGCAAUUGAGAGCAGGCAGGCUAGGCCCACGUAUGCAACGGCCAUGCUGCAGAAUCUGUUCAAAUAGACGCGGCAGCCUUCCCUGCAGCUGGGAGCCCGCGCGUGGUCCUAGGUAGGGUGUGUGCCCCAGAGGUCGACCCAUUCCAUGAUCAUGUUAGAACUGCUUAUACAAGUGAGCAGAUUUUAGUAAUCAUGGCUUUUUGUUAAUUUCAGGUAAAUGAUGGUAGUGAAUUGGGGACGUAAACAUUAUUUUCCUGUAUCCAGCUGUAACUGUUAAGCUUCUCCUCGUUCUAAUACUUGUUAACACUUGGACAGAUUCUGACAUUUCUCAUUCUUUGCCAAUAGACUACCUUGAAGUCCAUCGUAAUUGUUCUCUAGGAAAAUAAAUUUUUUAAAAGCUCAAAAUCCUAACUUUUACAAGAAUGGCACAGAACCAUAUAGCUGGAAUAAUGAAACCUUAGCUUAAAGUUUCUUAAAAAAGUUAAGGCACUUAAAAUAAUCAGGGCACUGAUGUUUUGAUCUGAAAAGCUGUGUACUUUUUUUCAUUUACUUUUUCAGAAAUUCAUGGAAAUUUGCAUUGAAGGUGGAAAUUUUUGUUUUUCCCCCUCCUUUGUGGCGUGUCCUAGUUUGAAUAAAGCAAUUCACCUGAACCUCUAGAAUUCCAGAAAGAGCCUCAAUGUAUUUGACGUGCUCUGUGAGAGAGGAGGCACUCUCAGUAUCUUGCACAGAUUUUUUUUUUUUCUAUCACAAUGUGUCACUAUAGAAAAAUAUUUUCUUCUAUUCCACGGACAAAUAAAGGAAAUUCAGACAAUUUAAAUGCUUAAAAGUUUUGUGAUAACUUGUUUCAUUUAGAAAAGGAAAUAGGUUUUCCGUGGCACUGUGGCUUAACUGGACUGAAUGCAAAUAUUCUUUCAACUUCAUCUCAAUUGUGAUUUUUUUUAUCAGAAUCUGGUCCAAGUUGUUUCAUAUGACUUAAACUAGUGUUGUGCUGCAAAACAUCUUUGUUUUUAAAAAAAUUCCUAGUGUCUAUUUUGGCCUUGAGAUUUUGGUAAUUGUAGAGCUGUUUUAUAAGCUUUGUGAUUCAAAGUCCAGUACUUAGUAAGUAAUUGUUUAUUUCAUGUAACUGAUAAUUUAAUUGUUUUUCUUUGUGUGGUGUUAGUUUUGAUCAAAUGUCAGUAGUUUCAAGCCUAAUAUUUAUGACUUCAUGUUAGGGAUUUGGAGACAAAGAUACAUCAAGGAAUUAUGCUGACAUAAUCUAAUGAGUCUUGUUUGUGUUUUAGAAUAAAAUUAGAAAAAUAAAAGUAUUCUUUGCACUUUUUCUCCCUGAUUUUUAAAGAUCUUAACCUUUGAAAUGAUUUCCAGUGAUUCUUUUUUUUUUCCAGAAAGAGCACCUCAGUUAGGAAAGUAUUUCCCAGCUGAUUAGAUUAGUGCUUUUGAGCCACACUGUUUUCAGAAUUGCUUCUCUCAUAAUAUGUGUCUCAGUACAGAAAUAUUUAUUUAUUAUGAUACUGUGCAAAUGAUUGUUUCCUGUUAAAGAAAUUAAAUGGUCCUGUCUGUGCUGUUGAGAAUGUGAAUAUGAUUAUGUUUUGAAGUCUGUAUUACUGCAGAGAUUCACCCACUCUCGGGCCAUUUGGUCCCUGUGACUGGUGACAGAAGGUCUGGUUACUGAAAAUAAAUGACCUAUUCUCUCUCUUCUCAUCA